AUGGCAGCGAGUGUAGGCGUGUCCCUGAUGAACCCCCCCCACGCCCAGGAGGAGCGGGCCGUGUUCACGCAGCUGAAGCCGGUCCGGAUGUCUGGAGCGGACGGAGCCGAGGACGCGUCCGUGUUCGAGGACGUGAAACCCGGGAUUCGACUGGAGUUGGACAAGUACCUGCCCGAGGUCCACGUGCCUCUCAUGAACCCGUCGACUCUGUGCGUGGAUAAGAAGUACCGACGGUCCAGCGCCUCGGUGGUGGACGAGUUCUUCUCCGAGGAGAAACCUUCUCCCUACAGCCUGAACAUCAACCUCAUCCUCCCCAGCACCACCCACCUCCGCACGGGCCUCUACCGACCCAACAGCAAGACCCUCACGCCCCAGCAGAUCAAGACCGAGCCGGGCCUGGAGGUCCCGUGCUCCAUCUCCAUCGGCGCCACCCAGGCGCUGCCGGACUUCACCUCCGUCUUCAGCGUGCCGCCCGUGGUCAACAACGUUUUCAUCAAACCCGACAUGAGCUCCGGAGGCGUCGGCGGGUCUCAGCAGCAGCAGCAGUCGAGUUUGGACACGGAGCUUCACAUCGGCCCCCCGGCCCCCCAGUCGCAGGUCUACCACAUGCCCACCAGCAGCUGCGCCGACCUCACGCUGUCGCACUCGUCCCCGGCGUCGCACGGCGCCGCGGGCAGCAGGACGAUGAUGAGCCUCGGGGGGGGCGGGCUGCCGACAGCCAACGGCCACUACAUGAUGCAGGAGCAGCAGCUGCAUCAGCACGGCUACUACCACGUCAACCCCAACGCCAACCAGCACACGGCGCCCCACAGCCUGCCGCCCUCACCCCCCAACUCCCAGCCCGGGAGCCCGGACCACGCCGAGCUGCUCAGCCUGGCGUCGCCGCCGCCGUACCAGCAGCGCCUCGGGGGGUUAAAGGUCACCGGGAUGUCCCCUCACGCUCUGCUGAUGACUCACGGCCAGGGCGUCCUGACCGGGCCCAAGUACAACCGGAGGAACAACCCGGAGCUGGAGAAGAGGAGGAUCCACUUCUGUGACUACCAAGGCUGCAGCAAAGUUUACACAAAGAGUUCUCAUCUGAAGGCUCAUCAGAGGACACACACAGGCGAGAAGCCGUACCGCUGCACAUGGGAAAGCUGCGACUGGCGCUUCGCCCGAUCGGACGAGCUCACCCGACACUACCGGAAACACACCGGGGCCAAACCCUUCAAGUGCAUCGCCUGCAGCCGCUGCUUCUCCCGCUCCGACCACCUGGCCCUGCACAUGAAGCGCCACCAGAACUAG